GAGGGAGAGAGGGAGAGAGAGAGAGGGGAGAGCGAGCUGAGGCUUAGGGGAAGGAGGGGUGUGUGUGUGUGUGAGAGUGUGUGUGUGAGUGUGUGUGUGUGUGUGUGCGCGUGGUGAAAAGCUGAGCCCGGAGGAAAAAAAAAAUACCGAGCUGGAGAGCAGUUGUGUGGCGGGAACCAGGCCUAGAGCCAGACCCUUCAGGCACCUGAUCGCCCUCCCAGCCGAUCGGUGCACGCGGGAGUGGCCCGUGGGUCCCCCCCUUUGCACGGGCCCAGUCCCUUCCCCGGGCCCCCCAUGGCCCGGGCCGCAGCCAUCCCGCUGUCCAGAUUGUCACCGCUGCUGCUGCUGCUGCUGCUCCGGGAAACAGGAGCCCAGGAUGUGUGGGUGCAAGUGCUUCCUGAGGUGCAGGGCCGCCUGGGAGGCUCUGUGGAGCUCCCCUGCCACCUGCUUCCGCCCACGUCGAAUGUGCGAGUGUCUCAGGUGACCUGGCUACGCCUGGGGGUGGCCACGGUGGCCGCCUUCCACCCUUCCUUCGGCGUGCACUUCCCCAACCCUCAGUUCAGCAAGGAUCGGCUGUCCUUUGUCAAAGCCAGCCAGGACGCCAGCGCCGACCAGCGAGAUGCCACGCUGGCUUUCCAAGGACUGGUGGUGGAGGACGAGGGCAACUACACCUGCGAGUUUGCCACCUUUCCUAACGGCACCCGCCGGGGCGUGACCUGGCUCAGAGUCAUAGCCCAACCCGAGAGCCACGCCGAAGCCCAGGAGGUCACACUGGGCCCGGAGCCCGUGCCCGUGGCCCGCUGUGUCUCGGCCGGGGGCCGCCCACCUGCCCGGAUCACCUGGAUCUCACCACUGGGUGGAGAGGCCAGAGACACCCAGGAGCUUGGGCCACAGGCUGGCACCGUCACGGUCAUCAGUCGCUACACCUUGGUGCCAGUGAGCCAAGUGGAUGGCGUCAAGGUCACAUGCAGGGUGGACCACGAGAGCUACGAGGAGCCCGUCCUGCUGCCGGUGACUCUCUCUGUGCGCUACCCGCCCGAGGUCUCCAUCUCCGGCUACGACGACAACUGGUACCUCGGCCGCAGUGAGGCCGUCCUGACCUGCGACGUGCGCAGCAACCCAGAGCCCACGGGGUACGACUGGAGCACGACAUCGGGCGUCUUCCCAGCCUCCGCAGUCAUCCAGGGCUCCCAGCUGCUCGUCCACUCCGUGGACCAUCUGGUCAACACCACCUUCAUCUGCACGGUCACCAACGCCGUGGGGACGGGCAGGGCCGAGCAGCUCAUCUUGGUCCGAGAAUCGCCCAGCACAGCAGGCGCAGGGGCCACGGGCGGCAUCAUCGGGGCCAUCAUCGCCACCAUCAUAGCCACCGCGGUGGCCGUGACAGGCAUCCUCAUCUGCCGCCAGCAGAGGAAGGAGCAGCGCCUGCAGAGCGCAGAGGAGGAGGAAGAAUUGGAAGGCCUUCCCUCCUACAAGCCACCAACCCCAAAGGCCAAGCUGGAGGAGCCAGAGAUGCCCUCCCAGCUCUUCACUUUGGGGGCCUCAGAGCACAGUCCACUAAAGACCCCCUACUUUGAUGCUGGCGUCUCCUGUGCCGAUCAGGAAAUGCCUCGGUAUCAUGAACUGCCUACCUUGGAAGAGCGGUCAGGGCCCUUGCUGCUGGGGGCCACAGGCCUGGUACCCCCCAUCCUGGUAUCCCCAGGGCCACCACCUACUGUGGAGGGGGUUUCCUUGGAUCUAGAAGACGAGGAAGGGGAUGAAGACGAGGAGGAAGACUUUCUGGACAAGAUCAACCCCAUCUACGACGCCCUGUCCUACCCCAGCCCCUCUGACUCCUAUCAAGGCAAAGACUUUUUCGUGUCAAGGGCCAUGUAUGUGUGAGGUGCCAUGGUCCUGGCCUCUCUCCCUUUGAUCUCUUAGCUAUCUGCAGGGAUCUAGUUGCAUCUUGACCUCUGGCCAAGCCACAGUCACCCGUACAUUCCAUCUGUGACUUCUUCAUUACUAGCUCCAUCCACCAUGACCUCUAACCCAUGAUCGCUGACCCAGAGAUCCCUGCGUUAACAGUGGGAACCUGAGACUUUCCUCUCGGCAAGCAGCGAGUUUACAGGAUGGUUCUGCCCGACCUCUGACACUUCCCCAACCCCCCCACGGGGCUUCUCUUUUCAGAAUGAGACCCUUUGACCGUGCCACUACUAUCCUACCCACAUCUCGCAGCUUUCCCUAAAGAAGACCCCAGACCUCUGACUUGUCUUAAGCAAUGAAGUCCCCAAAAGGUCUAUGAGCCCCGGGGGCUCCCUGCUGCUCAGACCUGAGCCCUCCAGGCAGCAGUGCCCCACCUUCAGUCUCCCCAACCAUGCUCCCCAAAAGUGGAAAGAGAGGGGCUUCCCCCGUGGAAGGUACAACUUCCCCCAUCUCCACCCUCCUGCAGGCAGGAGUCUCAGGGCCCAAACCUUCCCCCUCAUUCCUCAGCAACACCCCCACCCCUGCUCCUCAGCUCCUGUCUACAAAGCAUGAAGGAGUGAGUCUCAUGCAAUGUGCCUUGCCACCCAGGUUUGGGAAGAGAAUUUUCUGUGAACCUUGAAGACUACUAAAUCUCUUUGACCCUUGUUGGAGGGGAAAGUAGAGCAUCUGGGUUGAGAGUAGGGCAAUGAUGUUUUGUAAGCAUUUCCUACAAAAUAUGAGUUUAUACUUUGA